CCACACCCAAAAGAAAUGUCAUACGAACGUUGUCAGACUCUAAUUAAUUUGUUAAAGAGAUUGCUUUUUGAUGAAAUUAUUUAAUGUUCAACAUAAGCACGUGAAGAGAUGCUUUAGAUUGGGCCUCGCGACAUCACGACCAACCAAUUAUUUUGUCUUCUGGAUCAAUCAACUACCAUCUGGUAACACACAAAGCCCUGGAACAAGACGAUGGCAGAUAGCAAUAAUGGACAGGCAGAUGAAGAGGACCUAUAUAAUGUGACCAUUUGGGCAAUGAAGAGCAGUACCAAGAGCCUUCUAUCUUCAUUGCUUAAUCCAAUAAAGGUCAUACCCACAGAGAAGGGGUUGCCACGGUACUGGCUUGGAUUGGCCGAGCUGAUAGGCAUUGGCGGCGAGAAGAUACCGAAUUUGAAAACGGAAUUGGAUCCGACCCUGAAGCUGCUCAACUUAUGGGCGGAAAAGGACAAGACGCAAAGCACAAUUCGAAAUUUCCUCAAAUAUUUGGAGGAGUUGAAUAGGUUUGAUGUGAUUUAUGAUAUUAAAGAUUACUUAGAGGAGGACAUUAAGCAACACAAAGAGCAAGCCAAUGGGCAAUGCAGUAGCACUAGUUUGAACACUGAUAGGAAAAUUUUAACUGUAGAUGAUGUUAGCAGGAUUAGCCAGGGUUUAGAGCCACAGAAUUAUGAUGCUUUUGUGUUGUUUGCCGACGAAGAUAUAAAUUUUGCCACGCGGGUGAUCGAGAUGGAGAAGCAAAAGAACUUGAAGUUCUGCGUCAAAGACCGUGAUUUGGUUGGUGGUGCUUUCGAACACGACACCAUAAUCAAGUUGAUAGCGGAGCGUUGCAACCGAUUAAUUGUGAUACUCUCUCCCGCGUUUUUGGCAAGCAAUGAAAACAACUUUUUCCUCAGAUUCGCUCAAGCCAUUGGCAUAGACCAGAAGAUGAGGAAAGUGAUUCCUUGCAUGUAUACGCCUUGCGAAGUGCCUUUCGAGCUCAAAUGUUAUGUUAUACUCUAUUACGAUAGAUCUAACAAAUUAUGGAAUUUCUGGGACAAGUUAUACAAUUCCAUAAAGAUGUCCGAAAAGGAAGUGAAGAAGCCCAAUUUAAACAGGGCCGUGUCCCAUCAAGCACCGUCCAAGAGUUUGUAUAAACCUGCAAUACCUGAAAUUCAAGCAAAUGGUUUGUCAAAAUCAAAGAAGGAGGGUGUCAAGUUUAACAGCAUGCAGAAUUUAAACAAUUGCGACAGUUCUACGGAGGAGGCAAACUCGGUAAAGGAGAAGAAAUCAAGCGGGAAAAAAAGCUGGAUUAAGAAGAUACUGCCCUCUAGUAACAAGGCUAAAGCGGAAGGUCUGCAGGAAAAGGGGAAAAGGAAGUUCUGGCAACGGAACAGCAAGCGAAAAGUGGCCGAGGCUAAUUGAAUUUCGUACCAACUGCAUAUGGUUUCGGAGCAAAUAUUUUUGAUACCCGAGUCGGACGUUUUUAUUUUAGCGGAGAACUACAAUAUUUUUACUAUGCGAGUGCAUUUUCUCUACUUAAUGUGAUCAUAACUCGGCUCAUCUUGGAAUGUUUCCAUAGCCACACACUAAAGUUAUCGCUUUACCAAUUUUAUUUUACAUAUACAUACGUAUUAUGAUGAUAUGCAGUAGAGACUCCACU